UCCUUUCCCUGUUGAAAGAUCUUCUUGCAAAAUGUUAAACAAAACAGCUAAAUCACACUCACUGUUCUCCAUGUUUAUGUUUUUAUUAGUACUAAAUUUUAGCUUGUCUCAGGUUGACGAACUCAAGUUGCUCUUAUCCUUCAAAUCUUCAAUCAAUGAUCCAUCUGGCUUCCUCUCCAACUGGAAUCCCCCUACCCCAUUGUGCCUGUGGCAUGGAAUCAGUUGCAACAAUUUUUCUAGGGUAAAGGUAAUUGAUCUUGCUGAGAAAAACAUUUCAGGGACAAUUUCAUCCUCAGUCUUUCUUUUGUCAAAGAUGGACACUAUCAAUCUUUCAAAAAACAAACUCUCUGGAGAAAUUUCUUCUGAAUUGGUUUUCUCUUCGUCACUUCGAUAUCUUAAUCUUAGUCAUAACUAUUUGACUGGUGUGAUCUCAAAUUGUUCAAUUUUACUAGAAAUAUUGGAUCUUGAGGAUAACAUGUUUUCAGGGAAAAUUCCACCCCAAAUUGGAGUGUGUUCGAAUUUGAAAGUACUUAAUCUUGGUGGCAAUUAUUUGGUUGGGAGAAUUCCAAGCUCCAUAUCAAAUAUCCGCAGUUUGCAAAUCUUGAUUCUUGCUGCAAAUGACUUGAUUGGCCAAAUUCCAUGUGCAUUAAGCAAAAUGAAGACCUUGAAGAGGAUUCAUCUUGGCUAUAACAAUCUUUCUGGUGAAAUUCCACAAGAACUUGUUGAUAUUGUUUCUUUGAAUUAUCUUGAUCUUGCCUUCAACAACCUUAGCGGACAAAUUCCAACCUCACUUGGAAACCUCAGCAAUCUUCAAUACCUCUACCUCUUCAAUAACAAGCUUACAGGUUUGCUUCCUAGAUCCAUUUCUGGCCUUAAAAAGCUUAUCGAACUUGAUCUUAGUCAAAAUUAUUUAUUUGGUGAGAUCCCAGAACUCAUAAGUGAGUUGCAGAGCUUGGAGAUUCUUCAUCUUUUCUCCAACGACUUUACCGGUAAAAUUCCAAAUUCUCUAGCAUCUUUGCCUCGUCUUCAAGUGGUUAGCUUUCUCUCAAACAGCUUGACAGGAGAAAUUCCUUCUUCGAUCUGCAAUAUAAGUUCCAUCGAAGUUCUAGACCUAGCUGAUAACUACUUAAGUGGAAUAAUUCCACCAUGUCUAGGAAACUUCAGCAAAUAUCUUACAAUCUUAGAUCUACAGAUGAACAGUUUUCAUGGAACCAUCCUUGAAAUGUUUGGUGAGGACUGUAGGUUAAGGAAUCUCAACUUCAAUGACAAUAAAUUGCAAGGGUCUUUACCAAGAUCAUUGGCCAAUUGUCGAAACCUGGAAAUGAUGGAUAUUGGUGGUAACAAGUUAAAUGGCACAUUCCCCUAUUGGUUGGAAACUCUACCAGAAUUACAAGUUCUUGUUUUACGGUCAAACAAAUUGCGUGGUGUCUUACAGAGUUACAAGACCAUCCAUCCCUUUCCCAAGUUACGGAUUCUUGACCUUGCUAAUAAUGAAUUCACUGGUCCUUUGCCCAAAGGUAUAAUAAAAAACAUGAAGGCCAUAAUGAAUCUCAGUGAACAACAAAGUUCUUUGCAGUAUAUGCAUGACAGAUAUUAUACAUAUUAUCUCAGUUUGACAGUGAAAGGAUUUUACAUUGAACUUCCUCUCUUGACAACAUUCACAAGCAUGGACCUCUCAAACAAUAACUUUCAUGGAGAGAUUCCAAAUGUUAUUGGAAAGCUUAGUUCACUUAGAGGGCUCAACCUUUCUCAUAACAGUCUUAAUGGUCAUAUCCCAAUGUCUAUGGGAAAUUUGACUAGUCUCGAAUGGUUAGACCUCUCUUCAAACAAGCUCACCGGUCAAAUUCCUGACCAAUUGAAAGAUAUGACAUUUCUUGCCUUCUUAAAUCUUUCAUAUAACCAACUCACAGGACCAAUUCCUCAAGGCAAACAGUUCAGUACAUUUGAAAAUGGCUCAUACAAAGGAAACUUGGCACUAUGCGACUUUCCAUUGUCAAAGUCUUGCAACAACAAUGGGAGAAAACAAUCAUCUCCAUCAUUCUUGAAAGAGGCAGAUGACUCAGAGACCAAGAUCAGUUUUGGCUGGAAAGUUGUGUUGACGGGCUACGGAUGCGGAUUGAUAGUUGGAGUCAUUAUCGGAUAUGUUACUUUCAGAAAUGGUGAACCAAAAUGCAAAGAUAAGAGACAACAACCACCUUCAGCAAUCUUGGAAGAGGCAGAUGAGUUGGAGACUGAAAGCAGUUUUAGUUGGAAAGGUGUGUUGAUAGGAUACGGAUGUGGACUGAUAUUUGGAGUUGUCAUUGGAUAUGUUGCACUCAAAACAGAUAUUCUCGGUCCUGUUAGAGCUGAACCAGGCAUUGACUUUAUCAUUUUGUCUGUUAUGGCUUUGCUUGGUUGUACUGGUUGUUGA